AUGGUUACUAAGAAAACAAGGGUUGCUAGACGACGACGUAUUUGUUUACCCUUUCUCCCCGAAGAGAUUAUAGAGCAAGUUAUCCUUAGAGUGGCAUGCGUCAAAUCUAUUGGGAGAUGGAUGUCCGUUUGCAAAUCCUGGUAUGCUUUGAUAAAAUCUCACUACUUCAUAAACAUACACCUCUCUCGUCCAAGUAAUAAAAAGUAUCUUCUUUGUAAGCAUCAUGGUAAGAGACGACCUCGCGGUUAUCAUGGCCUUGAUUAUUAUUCGUUGAACUAUGAUAAAGAAGCGUUGGAUGAGUAUAGCAUGUUAGAUCCUGGUAAAUUCAGCUUUCUACAUGGCUGCAAUGGACUAAUUUGUUUUACCAAAGCUGCAGAUUCAGAACGUCUUUGUCUUUGGAAUCCCGCCAUUAGAAAAUUUAAAGUUGUUCCAGCUUCUCCUCACGGCCAGUAUUAUCAUCCCCAUAAACCCUAUUUUCGUCCAUUUAAGUUGUGGUUUGAUUCCAAGGCAAAUGACUACAGGAUUUUGAGAAUGAGCAUCUACAUAAACAAGGCAACUGUAAUUGAGUUCUAUAGUUUGAAGACCAACUCUUGGACACUAAUUAGUAAAGACACUUCAGUUAAAUCUGGUUCCAUAAGUGAAUGUACUUGUUUAAACGGAAUAUGGUACUGGAUAAAAUACGGAGAUGACAUUAACACCUUGAUUUCUUUGGAUACGGGAAACUGGAUGUUUGGCAAGGUUAUGACAUGGAAAAAGCCAUCGAGGAAUUGGACUCCCUAUCUGAUGCCAAUUAAUGAUCGUUACCUUAUUAUUUGUUAUUAUCAUCCAUAUAAUAAUGUGCAUCUUCGGUGGCGCUGGUGGUUCACUAUGAUAUAUGAUCAGAGUUCAAACAAAUUCUACACAAUAGAUUUCCAACAUACGAGGAAUAUGAUUGAUGGUUGGGUGCCUAUAGGGGUUAGAAAUAAUGGUGAGAUUCUACUUCAGAAUUAUUUGGGGACUAAUCGUGAAAUAGUCUCUUGGAAUUUGGAGAGUAACCGAAUGGAUCAAUUUGUUCCCGCAUAUAGUCAUAGACUUGAGUGUGUGUUUCCUUACACCGAGACUCUUGCUUUGCUUAAUGAUGAAGAUGCUACCACGAUUUGA